GCACCUGCAUGCAAAUCAAACCUCUGUGGAAAACAUCAUAUCCAGAUAAAGCCGGAUCCCGCGUUUGAAUCGACCCUCCGUCGCCGUAGGUUGCGAGCUCGUGAUGAUGCUGUGAUUAGUUUCCACAUCACACGCCGUGGUGACGAGGUGCCAACGAGGCGCAUGCUCGGUGCGCGCACCUACCCGGGGACCUGUUGCUCAGCUGCGGCGACACUGCGGUGAGGGUCAGACCUGGAGGAUGCCGUUCGUUAUCGUUCAUCGUUGCGGACGUAAAUAAUGCGCCACGGGCCUUGGUCGAGAUUAUAAUCGAGCCGGAUCAAAAAGACGGACCCCACGAGUCACCGUGUCUUCUUACAGCGAUCCGAAGCAGUUCACACACCUGCGAUGGGCAAAUGCUGCAAAUGCAAGGGGAGACUGCUCUGCAUGUGCCUGCUUCCCUGCAUGAUGACCGGCCACCUUCUCAUCUACAUCACGGUGUCCAUAUUCGUCACCAUCUCCUACGCGCCGCCGAAAGUAAACGUGCACUACGUCGCGUCUGGGUUUUCUGGUCACUCCUCUGCCACGGCCUCUCACCCACUUGGCCCUUUCUGGAACCUUCGUCUGGAGGACAGUGCACUGUGGAACCAGUUGCAGCAUGCGUGGGACCGUCAGCACAACCCAAUACUGCAGGGGAACACAACGGGGGAGGCGAAAUUUAGGCUUUUCUCAGAAAUCGAAGAUGAAUGCUAUUCCUCCUGCAUGUCACACAAGUGUUCGCUGCCGCGUAUACAGGACUUUAACAGCCUCUCUGAGCAAAUGAGGGCAUUCAUAAUGGCAAUGCACUGCAGGGAGUACCCCCUCCUUAUCAAUCAACCUGAUACAUGCAGAGGGAACAGUGGUAGCUUUGGUGUGGAUUCUCCCAUGCUCCUCAUGGCCAUCAAAUCCCAACCGAGGAACUUCGAAAACAGGCAGGCCAUCCGUGAAACGUGGGGACGCAGUGGUCUGGUGGAGGGGGAGUCAAACAAGAAGGGCAGAUUGGUGCGCACAGUGUUUCUCCUCGGAAGGCAGGACUCAAGUUCAGGUCCUAACCCGGAACUCGAAAACCUCCUGGAGAUCGAGAACCAGAAACACGGGGAUAUCCUGCAGUGGGAUUUUAAAGACACGUUCUUCAACUUGACCCUGAAGGACCUGCUGUUCUGGGAGUGGCUGAGGCAGUACUGCCCCAGCGCCAUCUUCGUGUUCAAAGGGGACGAUGAUGUCUUUGUUCGAACAGGUGCCCUCCUCGAUUACCUGAACACGCAGUGGGAAGAGCACAACUUGUGGAAAGCGUAUACAAAUAAAACCGACCUGGAUUUGUUUGUGGGGGAUGUCAUCUACAACGCAAGCCCAAUCCGUGAGCCGUCCGCCAAAUAUUACAUCCCAGAACGUUUCUACAAAGGCACGUACCCACCCUACGCUGGCGGGGGAGGGGUGGUGUAUUCGGGCUCACUUGCACUGCGAUUGAAAGACGUGUCCGACAAGGUGCGCCUUUUCCCGAUAGACGACGUGUAUCUCGGCAUGUGCAUGAACAGACUGGGUCUCUCCCCGAGCCAUCACCCGGGCUUUUUAACAUUCGAUCUCCCAGCUUCGGACAGGCGCAAUCCGUGCGCCUACAAAUCUGUUCUUCUCGUGCACAGAAGGAGUCCCAAAGAGAUGCUGACCCUCUGGAAGCAGCUGCAGAGUCCGCCGCCUCGAUGCUGAGGGUCAUUUGACUACCAAAUAUGAUUCAUUGAGUACAGAAAGACACAUUCACUCAGAAACACACACACACCCAGACUGCACGUUCCUGUCAAGCGGGCAGAAACCUGUGAGCUUUAAAAUGUAAUUUUCGCUUCCCGCGUGGAUUCGGACUGAGGAGGACACUCAUCUACCUCUGAGUGAACUUUUAUUAUGAGGGCAUUACGCAAUCAGAGUCCGUAGAUACUACUUUUUAAGAUCCAUACAGGUAUAUAUUUGUAUCCUUUCAACGUCAAACGUUUUAUUAUACGACACAAUAAAGGUCAUGUAAUACCUUGCAUGUUAUUUCAUAAUGUCUGGAGAGAAUAAUGUGUAAGAUAUUAACUAGAGGAAGUGAAUUAAUGUCUGUUUUCUCUUGUUUGUUUGCUAAUGUUUGGAGAUCCAACUCGCCUCUGAUUUUCAAAAUGUCUAACACCCUUUUUAUUUAAAACCCACUGAUUCUUUACAAUUAUUUUGUUACAAUGCUUGUCUUUAAGAGUUGUUACCUUUUGUCCAGGGAGUAUACAAUGUGUAGAACAAUUGAGUUAGUACAUUUAUUUUACUAAAAUACUUUACUCCACAACAGUUUUUAGGUUUUAAAAAGGUUGCAUUAUUUUGUUGCAUGUCUUAUUAUGACCAUGAUUAAUUAUUUAUUAUUAACUUUUCAGUCACUAAACAGUAAAAUUACUGGUUUUCCAAUUGAUUGGGAAUAGUUUUAUUUCCGUCCUUGAAUCGGAAAGGAAGGAGUUGUCAUUUAAAAUGAACACAAACAACCACAAUGCUAAUUGUUUGCUCUCCACAAGGAGUCCAAUAAAGCAAUGUAUGACAUUCAAGGUCAAAUAAAUGUGUCUCUCUAAAGCUUCAACUUUAUAGGAGAGGCUUGCUUAUUGAUUUUGUUUAUGGUGUAAUAAUGGGAUUACAUUUAGGUGGCAAUUGUCUUAAUGCAUGUCUUUAAGAAGGAAGACAGACUGAGAAUGAAGACAAAGCAUUAAGCAUCAUUGAAACAACACCUAAACACAGUGAUAAAAUGUAACUUUUUACUAAUCGACCGUUGUGUAGCAUUAAUAAAACUA